AUUCUUGGUGCGUUUUUAAAUUAUUUAUAGUUUAUAAUUAAAACACCUGCAAAACAGUAGUAACAACAACUGGCUACUCAGAUUCGGCAAUUUAGCUGAGUAGCCCGUGUGUGUUUAGCUUUACGCACAACGUAUCGUGAGUAUUUCGCAAAAAUGUUACUGUCUGUCAUUGCGAAAUUUUCAGAAGCAGACAGAACGGCAGCAACAACAACAACAACGAUAACAAGAAAAAACAGUAGUAGUCUUUAAAAGACAGUAAAAUAGUACGCACGAGUGUGUAAUUAAUUGCAAAGCAAUCAAUUAAAAUAUAUCAAAGAGUCAUAGUUUUAUUCAUGCAGCAACAGUAGCUGUGAGUAGAAAUCAAUUUAACCUGUUGGAAGACGUUGAAUUGCAAAGCUGCGUGAACAGCUGCGUUGCGACUUCAAUUACUGCGUCGUAGGCGUUGGAGUGAGCAGCAGCAGCGACAGCGACAGAGAAAACAAUAAAAAUAAAAGCCUAGCAACAAAGACGCCAAAAAGGGGAAGCAAUGGAAAUGCGUGAGGUGCUCAGUCGGGAGGGGCGAGAGGCAAAGAAUUUGCUCGUCUACCAGUUUUGCGAUGAGACAAGCUCAAAUAAUUUAAACACAAGCGGAGGCGCCGACGUUGGCGUUGGCGUUGGCAGAGACGGCGGCGUCGUAGUCAAUGGUGACUGUUACUCGUCGCCCACAUGCCGCAAGCCGCCAGUUGCGCCGCCAAAGUCACCAAACGGCAUACAGACACCCAAACACUGCCAAUCGCCAACGACAAUGCGCUCCAAGAUGAGGAACAACAGCAGCAACCACAGCAGUAACAUCGGAGGCGGAGGCGGAGGAGGAGGAGGGAACAGCAGUGGACCACGUGUCCGCAGCGCCUCAACGGGACGAGACAAGAAAUCGGAGCUGCAGGCACGCUAUUGGGCCCUGCUCUUUGGCAAUCUGCAACGUGCCGUCAAUGAGAUUUAUCAGACAGUCGAAUGUUAUGAGAACAUAUCCAGUUGCCAGGAGGCCAUCCUUGUGCUCGAGAACUAUGUGCGUGACUUUAAGGCGCUCAGCGAAUGGUUCAAGGUCAGCUGGGACUAUGACUCUCGUCCGCUUCAGCAGCGUCCCCAGAGUCUCGCCUGGGAGGUGCGCAAGAGCAAUCCCACACCGCGUGUGCGCACAAAGAGUCUGUGCAGUCCAACGGCAUCGGGCAAAUCGAGUCCCUUGCUCUUCCCCUGCAACUCGGGCAAAACGUCGCCCUGCUGCGAUGGACAUGUGUCGCCCAAGAAGCUGCUGCGUGCUUAUGACCAGUUGCCGCGAGGCGCCAUGCGUGUCAAUGUAAGAGAACUCUUUGCGGCCAAUAAACGCUCCACUCAAGACUGCUCCAACUCGGACACAUCGCUGAAUACGAAUAACUUGGAGCCGGCAGCAUCGCAGUUAGACUUAAACUCCGAUAAAUCGUAUGUACAGCUGAGCACACAAUACUCACAGACAGAUCUCGAGGAUCCGCAUCUUACGCUGGCCGAUGUGCGUGAAAAGAUGCGACGAGAGGCUGCCGAAAGGGAGGCAGCUGCAAGGGAGGCAGAGCAAAAGGAGGCAGCUGCAAAGGAGGAAGCUGAAAAGGAGGCCAAGGAAAAGGAGGCAGCUAAAAAUUUGGCGGCUCAAAAGGCAGAUGAAGCUACAGUGGAGGAAACAAAAAAAAGGCCUCUGGAGCCACAGCCAACAACCACAGAUGGAGACACAGCAGUUGAGCCGAAGUUGAUCGUAGAGCAACCACUGCCAAUUGAACCAAUCGUUGCUGUUGUGGAGCCCACAGCUCUGCAGUUGACCGUCUCCCGCUUGGAUGCCAUGGAGAAUGUCUUGCUAAGCGCACAGGCCAACAAGGAGCCAACACCACCCAGCACACUGCUCAAACCGGUGGCUCAGUUGCCGGAGAACACAAAGAAACCACAGUCACUGGCCAAUCUGAGUGCAGGGAACGUCAUGCAAAAUAGUCCCUUGAAAUACUCCAGCGUAUUGAAUCGUCCAGCUGCAACACGUGGUGGCAAUCAAAAGACGACAAACACACAACAGGCAGCAGCUGGUGGUGCAACAACUUGUGCAGCGCCAGUCAACAGCAAAGUGGCUACUAGUAAACCAAGCUUGGCCAAAACGACUGUUCCAGUUAACGGCUUGCGACGCAGCAAUAAUAAUUCGAAUGUGAACAACAACAACAAUAACAACAACAAUGUGAAGCCAGUUGGAGCACGUACCACACGCACCGUUGUGCCGCCGCGUCCCUCUAGCAAAACUGAAUGUUAUGGGCCGCCAAGUAAUGUGGCUUCCAGACUCUCGGCACGCUCACGGACCAUGCUGGACAUGAAUGGCAAUGCGGUGGCAGCUGUGCCGGCUCCAAAGCCCUUAGCGAAGCGAACACGCAGCACAUUGUUGACCUCAUCGGGGGUUGGUAAGCGUGUGAGCCUUCCCAGCGUGAGAUUAAGCUCAGGCGAAGACAUUGCCAGCUCCACAUCGACACUUAAGGCCAGCAAUGAACAAUUGAGCAGCUCACGCAGCACUAUUAAGUUGGAUGAUAGACAUUCCGAGCCCAAGCAGCUGGUGGAUGCCAAUGAUGGCUGGCUGACAGUCAAGAAUCGACGCAGGAGCAGCAUGCACUGGGCGAAUCGCUUUAAUCAGCCCACGGGAUAUGCCAGUCUGCCAACUCUGGCUCUUCUCAACGAGCAGAAGGAGGAGAAGGACAAGCAACAGCGUGAAAAGGCAAAGACAGCUAAUCCGAAAGCCAUGAUCAUCAUUAAGGCUCCUCCUACGGAGUCCAAACCGAAAGCCACCAAUAAAGCAGCUAAAGCUGUGGCGCCUCCAACAACCAGACCCGAGAUUAAGAAUGCCAAAGCCAAGGUUAAUUCAUUUCCAGCGCAGCGUUCAGCUGCCAACAUAAAGAGACAAGACAAAGACAAAGAAAAGGACACUGAUAAAGAUAAGGACCAGGAUAAAGACAAGGAUAAGCUCAAGGAUAAAGACAAGUUGAAGACGACAACAGCAUCAGCCCGCAGCAAUAGUAACUGCAACUCCAACUCCAGCUCCAGCACAGCGGCAACUUCUUUAAAUGGACGCACUUCCACCAUCAAGCGUCAGAAAUCGGAUCUCACAGGACUCAAGAUGACGUCCUUGCACAAGGAGUACAUGCGCAGCGAAAAGAAUGCUUUACGCAAGCAACAGAAGGAACAAAAGGAGCAGAGCAAUCACAACAACAGCAGCUCAUCUGGCAGCAAUUGUGAGUCUAAUAAUGACGAUCACAAUAAGAUAGACAUCAAGAUACAAACCAACUGUGAGUUCUCCAAGACUAUUGGGGAGCUCUACGAGAGCAUUGCCCGAUGCAAGCUGCCCAAUGGAUGUGUGAAGUCGGUUUCCUCCAUGCUGAGUGCGUGCGAUGAGAAUGACGAACAGAAUGCCGAUGAUGGAGAAGAGGAACGCAAUGAACGCAUCCUGGUGGAGGUACAGGAAUCGUUGGAGCGUCAGAUACGUGAAUUGGAGAGCACAGAGAUUGAUGUGGACACCGAGACGGAUGAAACAGACUGCGAGGUGCAGAUGGAGGAGAACGAGGAUGGCGCUGAACUGGGACUCGACGAUGCUGGCGUCUUUGUUACAAUGAGCGAUGAUGAGAAUGCGAGCCUGGAGCUGCGUUAUCAGGCGUUGCUCUCGGAUAUGUCCUGGAACGAGCGUGCCGAGGUCCUGGCCACAUUGCAAGCAUACGUGGCACGUCAUCCUGGACGGGCACAGGAGUUGCAUCAGAAGUUGUCGUCGCCAUCGCGUCGUCGUUCGUUGCAGGAGACACUUAAGAAGUAUCAGGCGAAGCAGGCGCGGGCGCAUCAGAAACGGGCAUUGUUGCAACAGGAGAAGGCCGCCAAGUUGCAACAAUUGUUUGUGCGCGUCGAGGAUGUGAAGGCGGCCAAGAAGCAGCUCAUUGAGGACAAGCGUCAAAAGAUGGAGGGACGCCUGCAACGUGCCGCGGAGAAUCGCGAGCUAUACCUUCGUCAAAUCAUUGAGAAGGCGCAUGACGAGGACAAGAAACUCAAGGAGAUUAACUUUAUCAAGAACAUUGAAGCGCAGAACAAGCGUCUGGAUUUACUCGAGUCCUUCAAGGAGACAGAGGGACGCUUGCAGGAUCUGGAGCAGGAGCGUCAGAAGCGCGUCGAGGAGAAAGCAGCCAAAGAAGCCGCCGUGGAACGUCGUCGUCAAGCACUCGAAAAGGAGCGUCUGCUGAAGCUAGAGAAGAUGAACGAGACGCGGUUGGAGAAGGAACAACGCAUCGGAAAAAUGCAGGAGCAGAAGGAGCGACAACGUCAGGCGCUCGCACGUGAAAAGGCACGAGAUCGGGAGGAGCGUCUGCUCGCGUUGCAAGUGCAACAGCAACAGACCGCCGAGGAGCUGCAACGGAAGAUACAACAGAAGCAACUGGAGUCGGCGAGACGCCACGAGGAGAAUAUCGAGCACAUUCGCCAACGGGCUCUGGAGCUAACCAUGCCCAGCACACGACAGCAGGACGAAGCACGCGGGGAUCAGGAGGAUGAGCUUUUCAAUGGGAAUACCACGAGCACCACUAACGACGACUGUGAUCUAUCCUCCACGUUGUCCGACUUGGGAGGCGUCAGCGGCAGUCGAGAGCAUUCCCGCAGCUAUAAAAAGAAGAUGAAGAAGCUAAAGCAGCGCAUGAGCCAGUGUGCCGGCGAAUACUUGUCCACCAUGGAGACACUGCCCAUCCAUUUGAAGCGAGACAGCAGCGUGCCCAAACUGCUGAAUCUGGUGAUGAAAGGAGGAGGUGCACAGGGAUUGGAUCGUACAUUGGGCAACUUGCUAAGAAUGAUACCAAAGGCACAGACCUAUGACUUCCAGGCAUUCCUCAACAUGGACGGCCUUGGCGUGUUGGCCAGUCAUGUCAUCAGCAGGGGCUUGGAGGAGAAUACCGAGAUCUCAAAAAAAUCCCUCACACUCGCCGUGCAGUUGUAUCGCAAUGCAUGCUCCGUUUGUCCACAGAUUGCACGACAUGCUCUUUUGGGUAACUCCAUUGCAGCGCUCUUCGAUGCCAUCUCCAAGAGUUUCCAGUUACCCGAAGAAAAAUCACCACAACAUCCGGUCGAGUUAUCCACGGAGCUAAUGCUGGCAUGCACCGAGGCGCUAUCAACGAGCUAUGUAAAGAAAAACACCCACCCUAAAGUACCGGAACGCCUACCGGACAUGAUAAACUAUGCGGUGAUCACAGGAUUAAUUGGAAUGCUAUCGCGUCGUUGCAUGAAGGUGCGCGAGUCCAUUGAGCAGAAUCAAAGCGUCAUGUUGAGCCUGUUGACCACGUUGGGAUUCCUCACCCGUUUCAUUGAUGUUUGUCCGCCAGGACCUGCUGAUCCCACACGUUUGCUGAGCACUGCCAAAUCCACAGAGCUCUUUGGCACCGUCUCAAUGUUGGCUGGCUGUGUGGUGCCCAUAGGUGAAUGCAUUCCUCCGCGCACGACCGCCUUGGCGGCAUCGACUUUUAAUCUUUACGUGUCGCUGGCUUCGGUGGAUGUGAACACUUUUCAGGAGGUGCUUUCGGUUGAGGGUCCAUUGUCGCUGAAGUUGUUGGAUGUGAUGACCAUAAUAUUGAACUAUAGCGUUAGUCGAACGAUCGAUACAAAGAGUGGCGAGAGCUCCACAAUGUUGAUAGAUUUGAUAGCAUCGCUGGCGUUCUUCAGCGUCAACAAUCGUCGGCAUCAGGACCUUCUCAUAUCGGAACAGUUUGCGGUGAUCUUCAAGAGUUUGGCCAAGCUGUCGAUUGAGUUUAAUCCGGUGAUUUAUCCUUUUCUGGUCACCAUAUGCUAUAACAAUGCUCCAGCCAGGCAGCUCAUAUCACGUGACUUUGAUCUAGGGUUCCUCGAUGAAUACAGCAAAUCGGAGGCGGCCAAGCGAAAUCGUUUAAUUCAAAUGAUGCACAACAAUAAGAAUAGCAACCAGAAUAAGAAUAAUGGCAACAACAACAACAACAACCAGCAGCAGCAAAACAGAGCCUAAUUCUCCAUCUCCCUCUUGUUUUACCUAUCGCUCUCUGCCAGUGUGUGUGUGUGUGCACAUCUCUCCCACAAAGUGAUAUUAUUUUCAAAGAAAAUCAAAAAAAAAAAAACAAACUCAAAACAUUCGCAAGGGAAAUUUGCUGAUAAAUGAAAAAGCUAAAUGAUUUAUAAUAUUUUAACAAAUAAUUUAUAAUCAAAAAGAUACUUAAAUCUAUAUAUAUAUAUAGUAUAUAUAUAUAAAUAUAUCGUAUAAUAGAAAUAACGCCUUAUGUUUAAAAUCUCAACUCACAAAUCACAUUCACAUUCAGAACAAUAAGAAACAACAAACAA